AUGCCCUUCGGCUACAAACCCUACCCUUCAAACGACGACGACUACAUUGGCAACGAGAGUUGCAACGAUUACAUUGACUUCCUUAACUUUGAUCAUCACAAUGCUCUUGCUCCAUCCAAGGAUAACAAGAAGGUUAGAAGGUGUAUUAGAAAUAAGGAAGAGAAGAAAGAGUUUCCUCCUCCUAUACCUUUCUUAGCUCAAACACAAAACCUUGCUUCCCAUAUGCCAUAUGUGUUGAAAAGAUUCUACACUAAUGAGGGUAGGUUGAUCAUCAAGGAAGAGAAAGUGAAACAUCAUGAAUAUUUUCAUGCACGAAGAGAAAAUGGUAGACUCACCUUGGAGCUUGUUCCACUUGAUCAUGACGAUUACAAUUUCUUUGCGAGAAGUGACGAAGAACAAGAACAAGAACAAGAAGAAGAAGAAGAAGAAGAAGAGGAGUUAGCAUCACCACCAACAAGACCACAUGAAGAAACCAAUGAUCUUCAUGUUCAUCAAAGUGUUGUUACUAAUGAUAGUUUUGAAGAAGAAGAAAAAGAUGAACAAGAAGAUGAAUAUAAGGACAAUGUUCAAAAGAGUUUUAGUGAUGAGGUUGUUGUGGAAAAUGAGAAUGGGAUAAUAGGUGGUGCAAAUAGUAGAGGAAAUUGUUUGAAUUGCAAAGUGGCUCCUAAGGGUAUUUUUGGGGUAAUGCCUCUGCAUCCUAUUAGGACAGUUCGUAGUUGAUGAGUUUGUUACUUGUUAGAUACAUGCAUUUGUUAAGCUUUUAGACUCUUCAAUGGCUAGGGAUUGUAUUUCUUGGCAAG